GAAAACAACUCAGAUAAAGAAGUAAAAAAAAAAAUAGCAAGGCAAUUUCAGAUCGUGUCUAUAGAUUUAAAGUGACGCUGUCUGUUGGAGAGACUGUGAAGGCAACAGAAGAGAUGUGAAUGUGUGACUGUGUGGGUGGAGCUGCAGGUUCAGACCUGUUUUACCAGCUCUGACUCUGUGAUCGGGGAGUUGUUACAAGGAUGCCACCAGUGGAAAACCAUCGCAAGGAAGGAAGAAAUGCAGCUAAAUAUAGAGCCUAUUUGCUUUUUUGUUCUUCUUAUUUGUAUGGUAUAUAUCUAAAUGAUACUUCCUCCAGAAUUUUUGAGUGAGAAUAUUUUUAUUUUUUUCCCCCCAAAAAACAGCUGCUUCAUAAUCAUGCAUGCAUUUGCCUGUUGUUAUAUUGACUUUUCUUUAUUCUUUUUAUUAUUUAAAUACAACUCGCUUGAGGACUUCACUGGAAAGAGAGACUGAAGACUGCUUUCUUUAAGAAAAAAAACUUACUCCAAAAGUUCUCUUUAUGGCUCUUCAAAAAUGACAGAUAACCUGAGGAACGAAAGCAACUAUGGGAUGUAUUUUGCUGAAGCUUUUAACUCAUCUGCUCUGGACCAAAUCUUUCCAAACGACAGCAACAUCAGCAGCAUCACGACAUGCCCCAACUUCACCAUGGACUCGCAGGUCGUCGGAGUUGGGGUCUUUCUCUCCGCGUUUAUUUCAGUGGCUAUUAUUGGGAACAUUUUGGUCAUCCUGUCUGUCGUGUGCAACAAACAUUUACAAACCGUCACCAACUUCUUCAUCGUCAACUUAGCCAUGGCAGACCUGCUGCUGAGCAUCAUCGUGCUGCCCUUUUCUGCCUCUCUGGAGGUGCUUGGAUGCUGGGUGUUCGGCCGCGUCUUCUGCAACAUCUGGGCAGCUGUGGAUGUGCUCUGCUGCACAGCAUCCAUUCUCAGCCUCUGCGUCAUCUCUAUAGACCGCUACAUAGGAGUCAAACACUGCCUGAAAUACCCAACUAUUAUGACAGAAAAGAAAGCAGUGGCUAUUUUAGUGCUUGUGUGGGUUUCCUCCACGGUGAUCUCUGUUGGACCUCUGCUGGGAUGGAAGGAAGCUCCGCCAGUGGACGACCGGAUCUGCAGCAUCACAGAGGAACCAGGUUACGCGCUCUUCUCCUCUCUCUUCUCUUUCUACCUGCCGCUCAUGGUCAUCCUCAUCAUGUAUUUUCGGGUGUACGUGGUGGCCCGCAGGACUACUAAGAGCCUGGAAGCGGGCGUCAAGAGGGAGAGGAAUAAGUCGAUGGAGGUGGUGCUGAGGAUCCAUUGUCGCAGCGUGCUGGAGGACGCGCGCCCGAGCAGCUCCAAGAACAACAAGAACCAUCCGUUCAGAAGUUCUCUGUCCGUGAGGCUGAUGAAGUUCUCCAGAGAGAAGAAGGCUGCUAAAACACUCGCCAUCGUGGUGGGGAUGUUCAUCCUGUGCUGGCUGCCCUUUUUCUUCUUUCUGCCCAUGGGUGCCUUCUUCCCGGCGCUGAAGCCAUCCGAAACUGUGUUCAAGGUGGUCUUCUGGCUGGGCUACUUCAACAGCUGCAUCAACCCCAUGAUCUACCCCUGCUCCAGCAAAGAGUUCAAGCGGGCGUUCACUCGGCUCCUCAGGUGCCGGUGUCACCAAAGACAGAGGGUCCUGCGUCGCUUCUAUGACCAGAGGUGGCGGACGGCCGUCAGGGGAAUGACAAGGGAUCAGAGGGGAGAGUCUAAGCCCGGCUACGCUGUGCACGAAUCCUGUGGCAGCUCUUUGUUACACAAGGGAAAAGGGCACUCGCUAGGUUUCAAGAGAUGGAGUCUCUUUCCACCACUGCAAAAAUCCUCCUUCCAGCUCAAAGAGAAAGUGAACAAUCUGUCGAAUAAAAUCAAAGGAGGGCCGGGAAAAGGAACCACACCUGCAGUGGGUCGGAUUGAUAUAGUAGAUACAGUCUCUAUGGGGAUUUACAACUCCUGUGAGCAGAGCAGUUAUCAGUUCUAUGAUCUGGCAGAUUGCUAUGGCCUGAAAGAAACUGACAUUUAGAGGGGCCACCAGAGAAUCUCUUAUUUAUUUUUCAAAGGGCCAUAUUGGACCAACAUGCAAGAAAGACUGUGAUCGUUUUGUGUUCACAAAACUUCUGAGAAUCAAAGCUUGAUUAAAGCUGUGGACUGAGAAUGAUGUCCUGUUCCCAGCACAAACAGGAC